UCUCUGAUUAGCCAAUAUCUUGCCAGUGAGCUCGGGACGUGGAAGCCGGUUACCUGCCGCUCCUUUUUACCAGCCUGACCCUCCUGCAGCUCAGCUGGUUAACCUGUAGCACGGCACGGGACAGCAUCGUCGUCGUGGACCUUUAAACUAAAUCCGGCUCUAAGAUGUCUCAGAAGAUCAAGGCCGGCUCUGUGGUGGAGAUGCAGGGAGAUGAAAUGACUCGAGUCAUCUGGGAGCUCAUCAAGGAGAAACUCAUCUUCCCGUACCUGGAGCUCGACCUGCACAGCUAUGACCUCGGUAUGGAGAACCGAGAUGUAACAGACGACCGGGUGACGGUUGAGGCGGCGGAGGCGGUCCAGCGCUACAACGUGGGCAUCAAGUGUGCCACCAUCACGCCAGAUGAGAAGCGCGUGGAAGAGUUUAAGCUUAAGCAGAUGUGGCGUUCGCCCAACGGCACCAUCCGUAACAUCCUAGGAGGCACCGUGUUCAGGGAGGCCAUCAUCUGCAAGAACAUCCCCCGCCUGGUGCCUGGCUGGGUCAAGCCCAUCAUCAUUGGCAGGCACGCCCAUGGAGAUCAGUACAAAGCCACAGACUUUGUGGUGCCUGGGCCUGGGAAAGUGGAGAUGACGUACACGCCAACAAAAGGAGAGCCAGUUAAAUUUGUCAUCCAUGAGUUUGAGGGCACAGGUGGUGUAGCCAUGGGGAUGUACAAUACAGAUAAGUCCAUCAGGGACUUUGCCCACAGCUCCUUCCAGAUGGCUCUGUCCAAAAGCUGGGCUCUCUACCUCAGUACCAAGAACACCAUCCUGAAGAAGUACGACGGUCGCUUCAAAGACAUUUUCCAGGAGAUCUACGAGAAGGAAUACCGUGCUCAGUUUGAGGCCAAAGGCAUCUGGUAUGAGCACCGUCUGAUAGAUGACAUGGUGGCCCAGGCCAUGAAAUCUGAGGGAGGCUUCAUUUGGGCCUGCAAGAACUAUGAUGGAGACGUACAGUCUGACUCUGUGGCACAAGGCUACGGCUCCCUGGGUAUGAUGACCAGUGUGCUUAUCUGUCCCGAUGGACGCACGGUAGAGUCUGAGGCCGCCCACGGCACAGUGACUCGCCACUACAGACAACACCAGCAGGGAAAAGAGACGUCCACCAAUCCCAUAGCCUCCAUCUUUGCAUGGACACGGGGCCUGCUCCACCGGGCAAAGCUGGACAACAAUGCUGAGCUGCGAGUGUUCGCCGAGGCACUGGAGGCAGUUUGCAUCGAGACCAUCGAGGCUGGUUUCAUGACCAAGGAUUUGGCCAUCUGCAUCAAAGGCCUGCCAAAUGUGACACGUGCUGACUACUUGAACACCUUUGAGUUCCUGGACAAGCUGGCAGAGAACCUGAAGAUAAAGCUAGCCAGUCCGCCUAAACUGUGAUCUCACCUCCCAGCCUCAACAAUUAAACACACACACACAUUCAAUCACACACAUCUAUACAGCUUCUGGAAUUAACACUGGAGCAGGGAGGAGGGUGCCCAGGACUAUAGGAGAUCUAUGGACUGAAACAAAGUCGUUCCCUAACUGGAGGUCUGAUUAUGUAGGGUGCCUUGUCCAGAAGGAAGGGGAAUGGAGGCUUCCGAUCAGUGUAGGCCAUCAUCCCUGUUAAUGCAUCACUAGUAGAAGUGAAAUCACAUGAAACAUUAACAGUCUCCAGGACUGACACUGGACAAAUGACCUGAUGGCUCAGUGACCUCGUUUACCCUAAUUGCACUAAGUCCCCUGAAGUGAGUGUGAUGUGUGUUGUCAGCAUUUGUCAGCGAUCUGUGCUAGACAGGGGGGCAGGAUCUGUCUGAGGGAGCCUCUAGACCCUCACAGCCUUAUUCGUUUUGUGUCAAAGUCAUCGUUUGAUUCUGGUUAUCUCCUAUGUCUUAACAAUACCUCAGGCAACACUGUUUUCAUGCCAGUUAAAAACCACAGCACUAGCACUGUCUCUCAGCAUGGUAGUAGAGUGGCCGCACACACCAUGAAAUUUACUGUUCUUCAGCACGAAACACAUAACAUGCGGACUGACUCUCCUCACACAAUUUGUAAACAAAUAAAAUACUUUUAGAUGUCGUACUCUCAUUAACUUUACAAGCCACAGUCAAUAGGAAAAAUUCUUCAUCUGUUGGUUUGUAAUCAACAUUAUGUCUGAGUCCUAAUAUGAUAACUCAUAAUAAACUUGUUUUUAAAGACA